AUGAAAUAAAGUAAUUAGAAAAGCAUCGACGAAUCCUUUAGGAAGAUCAUAUGUAAGGAUGUUUAAGAAUCAACCCUGAAGGAAUUUUUAGAAAGACUGGACUAAUUGAAUUAUGAGGAAACUAGCACAUACUUAUCAGGAUUGGUCUAUAUAUUCACAAGAAAAAGAUGGCCCCAACUUGGUGAGUAUUUAUUGAAGAAGUGUGCAGAACAUAUAGCAUUUUAUGAGAUAAUCAAAUGGUCUUAUGAGGCUUAUACUUAUAAAGAGAGACAGAUGGCUGAAAAUAGUGUGGCUGUAUUUGAUUAAAAAAUAGAAGAAGCUAUGGUAAAUCAAAUUUCAGAGAAUCAAUUUCUAGAAAAGGAGAGCAGAUCAAAUUAUGUGAAUUCUAUUCAUAGAUUUGUGACUUGUUUGACUGUUUUAUCAUUACAUCUUAAGAAUGUGCCUCUGAAUGAGAGACAACUAUAUUUGAGACGAAAUCUUAUAAAAGCAAAUAGGGCUUUGGAGUGUUUUCGUCGUAAUAAUCCUGGCAUCAAAUACUGCAAAGGAAUUAUCCUGCCGUUUAAAGGCAGAUCAUAGAUGGUUGUUCGCAUUAUUGACACUGAAGCCCAAUCAUUUAAUACCAAGAAGAGAGUACCAUAUAAGUUGGUAGUUGAAACUGUAGAUAUGGACGAGUAUGAAUAACGCGAACAAUAACUUAUCACUCUCCAAAAGCCAUUGUCAGUAGAUUCCUAAGCCUUUUUGGAAUUUGAUGUCAUGCAUCAAUUUGAUUACACUGUCUUUGAAGACUUCUUGUAGGAGAAUAAAGAUAAGUUAGCUAGGUAAUAAAUUCUCCAUUAAGAUAAAAAGAGAUUUGAUUAGCAAUUUCCUCCUCUCAAAAAGGAGUUAAUUGUACGUCGAAGAAGUUGCAUUGAUCAAAUCCAAUCAUAUACUAAUAAAUAAUUAUACGAGAAGGACUUUAAGGAUCUGUUUAAAUAGGAAGAGAAAUUAAAACAUAGCGACAAAGAAUUAGACAACAUUACAUUUCUUGAUUAAAUUGCGAAUGAGUAUCCUAAUAAGAAGGGAACAAUUGAGAAAAUUUAGAAAUAGUUAAAUGAUUCCAAGAACUUUGGCUAACAAUAAGUAAUACAAUAAGUGCAGUCUCCUUCCUAGAAUGACUUGAAAAGUGGCCCAUUUAGUGACCAACAAUGGGACGAUAAAAGACAAGUCAUCCAAUCUCUCUCUCCUUAUGGUCAAUUCAAUUCCUAUUGUUUGAGAAGUUUGUUGAUCAAAGGAGGAGAUGAUUUGAGGCAAGAACAAAUGAUGAUGCAAAUCAUUAAAGUUUCUGAAGAUAUCUUAACCCAAGUUGGACUCUAUGUGAAAUCCUACGAUAUCAUCAUUACUUCAGUCGACUCAGGAAUAUUAGAAUUCUGCAAUGAUACCUUGUCCAUGGAUCAAUUGAAAAAGACCAUGCCUUCCAUGAAUCUAAGGGAAAUUUACAAUAGCAUCUUCGGAGACAACUUUGAAGAAGCUUAACUCAAUUUCAUAUUAAGUUUAGCCUCCUACAGUUUACUGCAAUACCUCUUCUAGAUCAAAGAUAGACACAAUGGGAACAUCCUAAUUGACAACCAAGGCCAUAUAAUACAUAUAGAUUUCGGAUUCAUCUUGACUAUUGCUCCUGGAGGGAUUAAAUUUGAAUCAGCCCCAUUCAAAUUAACAAAAGAAUACAUUGAAUUGCUUGAUGGAUAAGAGAGUUGCAUGUUUCAACUAUUCAAAAGCAAGUUAUUGUUAGGCUAUUUGGAAUUAAGAAAGAAUGUCGACAAAUUCGCCUUCAUUUUGGAAGCCAUGAAAAUCGAUAAUGAACUGCCCUGCUUGGAAAAGUUUGAUAUGAAAGCCUUCAAAGAUCUAGAUUCAAAUUAGAACUUAACGAACAACAACUUGAGGAGCAUGUACAUAAAUUAGUUACCCAAAGUGCCAACAAUAGAUAUACAAAAUAUUAUGACGAUUUUUAAAAAUUGA